AUGAAGGGGAGAGCGCGGGACGCAUCCCACUUGUUACUCCCCCGCCGAAACCUGCACGAGGGUGAGGGUGGUAAUCAGCGUAGAAAACGCUUUCAUACCAAUAGCGAACAUUGCACGAAAAGAGCACAAUUAGAGGACAUGAGUUCUAGUGAAAAGAAAGCGACUUUUUCAAUUUUAAAGCCCAAUUCAAAUGGUAGUAGUAUAGCAAUUAAACUGGCCUCGUCAAUGACCAAGCCCGGGGCGACUGCUAAGAAGCUGGUUAUAAAGAACUUUAAAAGUAAACCGAGUCUUCCAGAGAAUUACCAAGAGACGACAUGGAGCAAAUUGCGAGAGGCUGUAAUGUCGCCAUACAGACCUCAAAAUCAAUAG